AUGGCUUUCAGGCACCGCAGAGGUCCUACAUUGCUGCUUCCACUGCUUCCAGCCUUUCUCAGCUAUGCCUUCGUCGGGGUCAUUUCGCAGCCCCGGAGCCGUGUCCCACGGUCCGCGACAUCUCCUACUGCGGAGACAGCAAAGGCAACGUUUGGCCAGCUGUUCAAUGGAGAUUCAAGACCUAUCGUCUUGUACGAUGGUGUUUGCAAUAUGUGCAACAGCGCGGUUGACGUGGCUCUGCAGAAGGACCCAGAUGGUCGCAAGCUCCGCUUCUCGGCGCUACAGUCAGAGGUUGGGCGAGAGCUGCUGGUCUUCUGUGGUAGAGAAGCCAAGGACUUGAGCUCCAUGUUGGUGGUGAAACCGGAUGGCAGCUGCCUUGCACAGUCUGAUGCUGUGGUCUUUGUCGGGCAGCAGCUCGACGGAAGCCGGGUCUUGCAGGGACUGAGCAAGGUAGCUGAGUCUGUGCUGCCAAAAACCUUGCGGGAUGGAGCGUACAAGGUGAUUGCCAAGGCCGAAGAUUUGUUGAGAAAAAGGGAUGGAUGGGUAGACUGA